UUGAAAAAAUAUUUUGUAUAAAAAGGAAUAGAAUGGAUCCUAAGCGAGGUAACCGCGAUUCGGUGACUCUUUUUAUGAAGGAACUUUUCCCCAAGAGCAGGGUGCUGAUAACUACAAACCAAGCCGAUUAUGUAAAUCAUACGGAAAAGCUUAUCAAAAAUCCCCCUGUUCGCCAGACCCAAGAGGAUCCGUCUCUUAUAACUGGGCACUAUGUGGAGAACCUGAAAAUUCCCGGUGUUGAACAAACGACGAGGACCUGGCCCAAAGCCAUGGACUGGCGUGAGGAUUACAAACAGUUCAUCAAACGGGCCUCAUGGUGCAAUGAGAAGAUCUACAAGUUAAUUUUUGUCAAUCCGCCCGUUGAUGAUAAUAUUCUCAAAAAGUAUAUACGGGAUUUACGAAAAUCGAUCUACAUGCAGGAUUACUCGCCCCAGCAUUAUGUCUCUUUGUCGAGUCGGCGUAGAGUUUCCCACGUCAACGAUCCAUUUGAGUUCAAAGAGGACGACUAUUUGACCAAUUAUGGUUGUUACUACGAUCGCCUGCAGGAAACUGAACCGUUUAAAAGUGUCCUAUAUGAGCCCAAGCCCAGAAAAGACUUGACGCUGGAAAGCUUUGCGUCUGCAAUGCGCAAGCUAUUCACCAAGUACAAUUGUACCACAUAUUUUGAUGAAAUCUGUGCUCCAGUUCUCUUAAAAGCCAAGGAUGGUGUAAUGCCUGCUGGUUUCAUAGAUCGGUAUCAGUUCCGAAAAUAUUGAGUACUUACACGUCCUC